AUGGAGCUUGCUGUGUUUUAUCCUGGCAUCUGUAUAAAGAAACAUCAUAAUGUGAAUUCUGUUCCUAAGGGAACUACACUCAGUUUUACAAUUUUUAAUAGGUCAGUGAUGUUGGACAGAGCUGAAAACCUUCUUCAUGACCACUAUGGAGGGAAAGAUUAUUGGAAUACUCGUCGAAGUAUGGUGUUUGCUAAACACCUCCGUGUAGCAGGAGAUGAGUUUCGAAACAAGCACCUUCAAUCAACGGACGAGGCAGACAGGACUCAUUACAAUGAGGACUGGACACAGAUGAAGGUUAAGAUGGGCACAGCUUUAGGUGGUCCGUACCUUGGGGUUCAUCUCAGAAGGAAAGAUUUCAUCUGGGGUCACAGAGAAGAUGUGCCUUCCCUGCAUGGAGCAGCAAAGAAGAUCCACAGCCUCUUGAAAACGCAUAAACUUGACAGAGUUUUCAUAGCCACUGAUGCUGUUGAGGAUGAGAUUGAAUUGCUCAAGAAACUGGUGCCUGAGAUGGUGAGGUUUGAACCUACCUGGGAGGAGCUAGAACUGUACAAAGAUGGGGGAAUGGCUGUGAUUGACCAGUGGAUCUGUGCACAUGCUAGGUAUUUUAUAGGCACCUCGGUUUCAACAUUUUCCUUCCGGAUUCAUGAGGAAAGGGAGAUCUUGGGAUUUGAUCCAAAAACAACUUACAAUCGAUUUUGUGGUGAAAAAGAGAAAAACUGUGAGCAGCCAACUCACUGGAAAAUUGUAUACUAGUAUACAGAGAAAUCCAAAGACUGGUGAGCUCAAAAGAAAAAGGAAAGUCUAUGGGGAAGAACAUCCCUUCAGAACUCUCCUCAGCUUUCUUCUAUGAUUCUUGCUGUUUACUUGAUGUUUGGGCUUUGAAACACAAGCAAUAUUUAUCCUCUUAUUCGGGCACUGAUGGGAGCAAGGCAAAUGAAGUUAUUCUUGGAUUCAGUUCUCAGUGUAACUGUGGUGACAGGACAAUACUGGACGCUGCACUGGAGAUUUGAAAGGCAAAGCUUUGCUCCGAAAUAGUGAAUUAAGUCAGAAUUCUCUUUGAAGUUCUGGGGAAGGAUGGCAUCAAAGUUUAACAUCUACAAAUGUAACAAAGCUGUAAUCUGUGCUGCAUUUCUGUUUUUACUGAUCAUUUUUUGUUCAGCUCAGUGCUUGCCUCUGAUUGCAGAAACUACUGCUCAUCUACAGUGUGUGAGUUGUAGACUGUGCACAAACUCUGCAAUUCCCUAGGAAAAACUUCCCUUUUCAAACAGCAAUUUGUGAAUAUUCGAGUUUUUUGAUGCAGUCAGUACUCAGUAAUAAUUCUCUGUGAGAACCAGCUGCUUUUCCUAGCAAUCUCAGUGGGCCUGUACUAAGAGAGGCACCAUGUUUGUAUGGUGGUGAAAGAAACAAAGGAAGCUUUUCCUCAUCCUUCGAAGGGUCAAUUUAGUCUGACUGAUGCACAUAUCUUUUGGGUAUUACUCGGAUGUUCAACUAACAGACUAGUUACUAGACUGUGAUGCUUUGCUAGGGAAUGUACUGAAAAGGCUUUCAUGCUUCCCCGUCAGUUAAGUGGAUUGUCCCACUAGUUCAAAGGAAUUUUUCCUGCAUUUCUGCUUUCAUUUUUCAAAAGGGAACAAAGUGAGGAAAAUAACAGAUAAUAAAGGUCAUUGGACCUCAAAAUGAUGUUUAUAGGCAAAGCAGAAAUCUUGUAGAUAGCACUGUGCUCUGAUGGAGAUGGCUGGUAGUACAUGGGAAGAGCACUGUGCUACACCACCAGCCAGAGAGAAAGUGCAGCUUCCAUUUGAGAAAUGUUUUGUAAGUACCAAUUCUAGCUAUCGCAGUCUCUUGCUAUUCAGAAUUGGCUGGUGGAAGUAUCCUGCUCAAAUGGAAUGUGUGUGGUUCUGUUAAGCAAGAUAAACUUUUUUCAAAAAUGGACCAGUGGAGAGGUUUCCCAAGGUGGGGCAGGCACUUUUUGUAAAUCCAGUUUUACUGGAUUGUUACUCCUCUGUUAGUGGACCUUCCACUUACUUUUUCCUUUGGUUUGAGUAGUACAGAUAGAAUCCUUGCACAGCGUGCACUCGGUAUUUCAUAGGUGUGCUUCCAGACACUGAGGUUGCUUUCAUCUGUGCAACUGCAGUGAGAGCCACGGAGACAUCUCAGACAGCAGUAGCUGCAGCUCUCCUGUUUUUACCAGCUGUUUAUUUUAUCUGUGUGCAGCAGCCGACUCUCACUUGUCAUUAAGUGAGGAACCAAGCAUUUCAAAGCAGUGCCUUUGCCCAUGAAGCUAAGCAUUCUCAUUUAGCCUGUGUGCCAUGUAAAGCAAUAGUGGCAUUUUACAUAUAAGAAGAACCUCAAUUCAUUAAGAAAAAUAAAAAGCUUUCUAGCA